AUGUCCCGCAAGCGUAAUUUCGUUGUUGCGGCGGGCUUAUUAGUUUUCGCAUCAGUAGGAUUGGCAUUUCCAUUUUAUAUGGCGACCAAGUCCUCGAGAAGUCCGGUGAUAGAUUCUUCAAAGCCGCUGCCCCCUCAAGCUACAUUCCGAGGACCUUACGUUAACACCGGAUCACGAGACAUUGGACCUGAUGACAAAAUUUAUCCCAAAAAAUGA